AUGGGCGACUUCCCGGGUCUCCAAUCACCAGCCAAAAGGGCACCCGGACCAGCGUAUUUUGUACGGAGAACCGCCAGCAGGGGUGCCAACAAAGAAGCUGCGCAGGGCAAAGCAGCUGUGCUGACCAAAAGAACCGUGCCGGCCACAACAGCCGCGCUGGCGACCCACGGGGCUCCACUGCCUGGGAAUCUCCUGGGAGGCCAUCUUCUGCUUUCCUGUACUUUCUCCAUAGGUGUGGCAAAGAUGUUUGAUCUCAGAACGAAGAUCAUGAUCGGCAUUGGGAUCAGCUUACUGGUUGCCGCGAUUGUGCUCUUAUGUGUUGUGCUCUGUCUUUACUUCAAAAUAGCCAAGGCACUAAAAGCUGCAAAGGAAUCUGGUCACAACUCAGACAAAGUGUUGGACACCAAGAACAGCCAGGCCAAAACCAUUGCCACGGAGUCUUGUCCUGCUCAGCAGUGCUGUGAAGGAUGUAGAAUGUAUGCCAAUUUUGAUUCCCUGCCACCUUGCUGUUGUGAUGUACAUGAGGGCCUCUGACUUGGGAAAGGUGGGCACAAAAAUCUUCAUGAGCAAUAUUUCUUUCUUAGUAGAACGUUUUAUUAUGCAAAUCAAGUUCUAGAGUGUUUACAUGCUAUUAUAUAAUGUACAGUGUUAUUUUCUGUACUUCUGAAUAAAUGUGCAAUAUU